AUGGGCCCAUUUGGUCACAUGCGUAUCAACGACAGCGCAAUUCACCGCAGUAGCAACACGUCUAGCACACAUUGCACGCCCACUUUGUCUAGCCCAACCUACACCCCAUCGUACAGCGCGCCUGCCAUCAGCAGGUUCACCGCCGCCGCCGCCGCCGCCGCCGCCGCCGCUGCCACCACCACCACCACCACCACCACCACCACCACCACCACCAGCGAAUUGGACGCUCACAACCUAUCCUGCUCAUCCUGUUCCCGUAUAUUCUCCUCACGAAUCGGCCUGGUCGGACGCUUGCGAAUCUAUCGUAAGGAGAACGAUAAACCAGUGCCCUGA